AUGGACGUUCUCAGCAAGACAUUCUACGACCAGCUUGUCCAGCUUGGCUCUCAGCGGGAGGAGAUCACUCCUAUAAUCAAAGAGAGGGCUACGGAUUUUAUAAAGAGCCUGACUAUUUGGCAAAUACUAGCUUUAGUGUCCUGUCUUUACUGGGCUCUGACAUCGUUCGCCGCGCGUACAGAAGACGGCUACUUGAAGGAAUGGGGUGAUCAAUGGGCAAUGAACACUCUCUGGAGUCACUCCGAAGUUCCAAUCAAGGCAAUUUCUGAGAACCGUAACGAUCAAAUGGGCAAAUACCUAGAAGCUGUGAGGAAAGAGCUUGACUAUGCUCUUGAGAUGGAAGUCCCGGACGCGGAAGAUUGGAUUAGCAUUGAUGUUCAGCUGAUGAUUCAAAAGCUCCUGGCUCGCCUUGUCGGCAAGAUGAUUGUCGGCAAACCCGCCUGCCGUAGUCCCGAGUGGAUGGAUCUUGCCGAGCACUUUACCGAAGACUUUAUCACGGCGUCCAUUAUUAUGCGUCUGGUACCAAAGUGGAUGCAUCCUCUCUUGACAGAAGUGAUCCCUCAGAGGCGACGACUGAGGAAGCGUCUUCAGGGAGUCUUCAACAUUACCGACCCCUGCGUAGCCAGGCAUGAAGAGGCUAAGAUGAAGAGAAAGCAAGGUUUGGAAAUUGAAGAAGAGGACAACAUGGUAGCCUGGAUUUUAGACAAUAUCAAAGAUCAAGACUAUGUCUUAAAGAACUUGAACAAGCUUGUCGUCGUCAUGCUCGUUCCCGCCGCCCAUACUAAGAGUCCCACUCUGCAUGAAGAAAUUUUGCAAGUUAACAAGGAGCAUGGUGAGAUUGGCGAGAAAUUGCCAAUGAAGGAGUGGGUGACAAAGCUGGAAUUGCUAGACAGCUUCUUCAACGGGAGUCAGAGAUUGAGUCAACCGUUAGCAAUCACUCCCAACAGAUAUGCUGUAGAAGACAUUACUUUCAAAGACAGCCUCCAAGUACCCAAGGGAGCUCUAUUGGGCUGGGUCAGUAUUCACAAUCAGAUUGACAGCAAUAUUGCACCAGAGCCAGAGAAAUUUGAUCCCAUGAGAAGCUACGGGAAACGACAAGUGGCGGCCGAGGAGUGCCACAAGCAUCUUGCCGGACAGCCCAGUUUGGAGAAUCUUACCUUCGGGUACGGAAGUCAAGCCUGCCCAGGGAGAAAUAUUGCCAUCAGCAUCUUGAAAAUGGUGGUCUCACGACUGCUACGGGACUACGAAUUCAAGUUCGCAGAUGACCAGUCCAAGCCUAAAAACAUUUACUUGUUAGAGUUCAUCAUCCCAGACCCUAAAGCAAGACUCAUGAUAAGGAAACGAAAAUAG